AUGGCUAAAGCUUAUAGAAAAGAAGAUUUUGAUUACAUUAUGACAAAGGUUGGUAAGGUUGAUCCCAGGGUUAAGGAAUAUCUGGAAGAAGCUGGUUAUGAAAAAUGGAAGUACAUUAUUGAUAUUGAUCGUGGUACGUGCAACUGUGGCCAGUAUCAAAUUGAUGAAAUACCAUGUGCACACGUAAUUGUCAUUUUAAAGAGUAAAAAUAUUGAUGUAAAAGAGUAUGGUUGUUACUGCUCAGAAUUGUACAGGCCAAACACCAUUGUCAAGACGUACGAACUCCCAAUAGUUACUAUGCUAGACAUGAAGGAUUGGAAUAUUCCACAAUUUGUUGAUGACGAAGAAGUUCUGCCACCUAAAUACAAAAGACCUCUAGGUAGGCCAAAGAAAAGAAGGCAUUUGAAAUCUAGUGAAUCACUUACUGCAAGUUCAAACCAUUGCGAUAAAUGCAAGCAUGCAGGCCACAACCGUAGGAAGUGCGAUUACUUUUCAAAGGAAUCAUGA